CAGGCUUGCCUUUUUCUAACAAGCUCUUCAUUCAUACCCACCACUACUACUACUACUACUUCCUUCUUCAAUUCUUCUCUAGCUAUUUCCCUUUAGAGAGAGAAUUUAAUUUAAUUGGGUGAUAUAUAUAUCGAUCAAGCUAGAGAGAGAAAAUGGAUAACUGGAGGAAUUUGAUACACAUAUUUGUGACAGUAUUUCUGUCAUACUUUGCUUCUUUGUUGGUUAAUCCGACCAUAGCUGACGUCACUAUGGAGGCUGUCUGCCCCGGCCAAGAUGAAUGCUCCCUCGCUAUUUACCUCACUGGCUUUCAGCAGGCGAUUGCUGGAAUAGGGGCUGUGGUUAUGAUGCCAGUGAUUGGUACUCUUUCUGAUGUCUAUGGUCGAAAAGUUUUGCUCACAAUUCCCUUAACACUUUCCAUCUUUCCACUUGUAAUAUUGGCAGUGAAAAGAACGACAGAGUUCUUUUAUGCUUACUAUGCUUUGAAAACGUUGACUUCCAUGGUUACCGAAGGUGGUAUCAUUUGCCUCUCCCUCAGUUAUUUGGCUGACAAUGUGUCGGAGGGAAAGCGUGUUUCAGCAUUUGGACUCUUGUCUGGUGUUGUAGCUGCAGCAACUGUUUGCGGUACAUUCGUUGCUCGAUUGCUUCCCACAACUCAGAUAUUUCAGGUGGCGGCGGUUGUCGCUUUUAUUGCAGCAAUCUACAUGAAAAUAUUUCUUAAAGAAACAAUUCGAAACGCCGCCGUCGAACCUCUCGAAGAGCCAAUCUUGAAAUCGGUUACCGAAACCAGUACUACUAAUCAGGAUAAAAUAAUAUUGAAGCCCGCAGAUUUAUUCAAGAAAAUGCCAUUACCAAAAGAUAUAAUUAACUUGCUCAAGACUAACAAGACAGUAUCACUAGCAUCGUUUGUCGCCUUCUUCAACAGCCUUGCCGAGGCAGGAGUUCAAGCUUUCUUAAUGUAUUACUUGAAGGCACGUUUCCAUUUCCAGAAAGAUCAAUUUGCUGAUAUAUGGCUUAUUACCAACAUUGCAUCCACCCUAUCAAGUAUGGUCUUAAUGCCUAUACUAGCUCCACUUCUAGGAGAGGAAACACUUCUUUGCAUUGGACUUUUCGCUGGAUUCUUGAAUAUGUUAUUAGACAGCAUAGCAUGGGCACCAUGGGUACCUUAUGCCUCUGCUACGCUUGGAGUCUUCCUUUUCCUAGCAAGCCCUAGUAUAAGAUCAAUUAUUUCAAAGCAAGUUGGACCAUGUGAACAAGGGAUUGCUCAAGGUUGUCUUAUGGGAAUAGCUUCGUUUGCGAAUAUUAUAUCCCCGUUGAUAUAUAGUCCUCUUUCCGCAUUGUUUCUUUCCGACACUGCCCCCUUCAAAUUUCCCGGUUUCAGUAUACUAUGCGUCGGACUUGCAUGGUUUGCGGCUUUUAUUGUUGGUACUAUGAUAAAGAUUCAACCGCUUUGGUCGUCGAGAGACAGAGCGAGUAGUGAGCCAUGCUUGUUGGCUUGAGAAAUCAUAUGGAGAAAAAGACAGAGCAAAUAAAGAAAAACACCUCGUUUUCACGGCCUAAAGUUUCGUUUUUGCUUUUAAAAAGAAGGAAAAAAAACGAGACUUGUAUCAUUUUUCGAAGGCUUUUCGAGGGCUUGCUUUGUGGAGUGCAGUGGAAUAUGCUUGUUAUUAUUUAUUUAUAUAAAAAUGUAUAUAUGGUAUGGUAUAUGUAUGUGGCUGUCUACUAACAUUUGUAUUCGUUUACACUAGAAAAGUAUGGUUAUAUAUUUAUUUUAUUGAAGGUUUGGGAACUUAAUUAUGUGUGUAUUUUGUUAGUGUACUGCAAAACAGAAUAUUU